CAGUGAACCAGAGUGGAUGCGUUCCCCCGCAGCUAAUCUCCCUCUGUCCCUAGUUUUCUUCGUUGUUUCUGUGCACGUGUUUGUGGUUGCAUUUUAAGUGAGGUUCUUUCGUCGUGCUUAUUUUUCGUCCUCUCGCCGCAGCUGAACUCUUUAUGUGAAGCGAUUCUUCCUUCUUGGGCCUGUGUUUGGUGUUUGAUUUUUUGGCUUUUUCGUGUGCCCAUCCGCUGUGGGUCGUCUCGUUGCACACUUGCUUCGGGGUGGAAGAGCAGUUCUGCGGAACAGGUUUGGCACAGGCUGGACUUGCGAGAGCUCCCUGUGAGGACGGUUACAUUGUGAAAAGUGGAAGCCUCUUCGACGAUUGAGUGGACUCAAAUGGAUUUCUACAAACGGUUGAUAUUUGUGAAGAAAAGAUUGAAGUAACAUUCAAGUGUUGCAAGGAUUUGACUAAACCAAGUGAAUUGACUAAGCUCCGGAAAAAAAUGGCAAUCGCAUUCUACUGUGAGGACGAAGAUCCGAAGGUGAUGUUUGGCGGUAGCUACGGAUAUCACCAGCAGAGUUAUCAGUCGCAGCACAGUGUUGCGGUAGGGCAGCAGCAUGCCGGCACUGGCGAAGGCACGACUGAUGAGAACAACAACAACUGUGCCCUACAUGGAAGCAACAACGGUGGUGGUGGUGGUGGUGAUGGUGAAAGUGGUGUAAGCGGUGGAGAGCAACAGUCCAGCGCUACCAUGGUGAACAGUAGCAAUCGACAGUUGAUGCGAGUCCUGCACCAGGUGCUCUACCGGUACACGAUGGAAGGCGUUCUCAGUCCAGCUCAGACCUCAUGCGUCUUCUGCAACCGACUCUACUAUCUUUUCCAACUACUAUAUUGACAUCGGCGGUUACAUCGGCUUCAGUUUUUUACCAGAAACAACAAGUUCCAGUAAAUAUGAUAAAACAUUUAUUACAAAAAAAAACUACAAAUAAAAACAAAAAAAACAAUCAUCAAAGCUUAAUAACCGAUCACAGGGGACGUAUAUCUCCGACAGCAAAGGAUUUGCCAAGCAUCAAUCCUUGAAAAGCGGAGUGAUUCACCGUCGGAGUUAGACUUCCCUCCUGUGUAGCAGCAGCAAAUGUGCGUCGGUUUUCUGUGAUGAACGCAAUUCAAACUAUGUGGGAUGGCAUUUGAGUUUUAUAGAGACUAUAAGCGGAUGACGAAGCGAUUGGAUAAUGCAUCUGUUUUAGAUAGUUUAGGAGUAAAUGGAAUUUUAGGCGCUCAAAGUUAUUAUUUCAAUAUUUUUAUGUGCGUCACUUCAGUUAAAAGGAUUAGUUUAGUAAAAAUGUCUGAAAACAUGGAAAUUUCUCCUGUUUUCAUUCCAACUUAUUUUAGUUUAACGACCAAUCAGUUAGAAGAUAUAUUUCGAUAAGGAAAAUUGCGUAUUGUCGAUAUUAGGAUCAAGUACUGAAAAAGUUGCAUCGAGCAGCUAUUUUAAAAUUCAAAGCUAACUUUUUCGCUCAUAAUUUUUGUCAUACUAUUCUAAGCUUUUCACAAUUGAAUAAUCGUCAUGUCGAUUUCAAUAUCUUUAGUCCAACAUUUUCAUGAAUACAGUAAUGAGAAAAGUCGAUUAUUCUAUUGUGAAAAGCUAUUCAAAUACUUCAGUUUUUUUAGUUUUAGUUCUUUCUCAAUUAUCACUCAACUUCAUUUCUAAGGUUUUUAUUUCUUCACGUAUUUUGGUCCCAAUUCAAAACGGUUUGGAAUCGGGAACUACGCCAAAUUCCAAAACACAUAAUCAGCCACUUCCGUUCGAUGCCAAGGAAGAUGAUCUCAGUUUUAGUUUUGUAAGGUUUACUUUGCACCGCGGGUGCCAAACAGUUUACUUCAUUAGUUGUAACUUUUAAUCUAUUUUUCACUAUAGAAAAUAUUGAUUCAGUACUGUAAAGCUUAAGUUUCAUCACUCAUUUAGUUCGAAAUAAUAAUUAAAAUUGUGUUCCAAAAUCA